AUGGGAAAUUGUUUCAAUUACAAGGGUAACACAGUCGAAGCGGUUCCGCUUGGUUCUCAUUUAGAGACAAGUUUAAGUAAUAUCUAUGAGGCUCAUCAGAAAGAGAUGGUCAAAGAAAUUAAGGACGUUUAUGAGCAAGUUUUAAAAGGAGAUGCUGGCUCAAUUAAACUGAUAAAAAUUCAAUGGGAACAAUUGGACGAAACAGGAAGUAAGUUGCUGAGCUUUGUUCUUCCAGAACUUCCAUCUUUGAGAGAGCUGAAUUUAAAAGAUAAUAAUCUCCAAGAAAAAGGUGCUAACCAGUUAAGUAAAGAGCUGAUAAGGGCUACUGGUCUUAAAAAACUUGCUGUUACUGAAAAUCACUUAGGUGAUGGAGGCUUAUACUAUAUUUCUGCAACAUUCAAAUAUUUGAAUAGUGUCGAAGAGCUAAAUCUUGAAAACAACGAUAUAACUGAUGCUGGGGCACAAGAAUUAGCAAAAAAUAUGAAUGGGCUAGGAAAUUUAAGAGUUUUAACUAUCCAUAAAAAUCAAAUCAAAAGCAAAGGACUUCUUGCCCUUGCUCAAGCACUCAAUGCGAUCCCAAGUUUCCAAGAGUUUACCUUUGAUAUGAAAGAUGUGCCUGAUAAGGAUAUUGAGAUGAUUCAAAGUUUGGUCCCUAAAAUUAUAUUGAGUGGUCGUUAA